CUCGUGGUCAUGAGCGGCCUCUUCAGCGGCCUGACGCUGGGGCUGCUGGGCCUGGACGUCACGGAGCUCGAGAUCGUGCGCGGCGGGGGCACGCCGAAGGAGCAGGAGCGCGCGCGGAAGAUCAUGGAGGUGCGGUCCGACGGGAACCGGCUGCUCUGCACGCUGCUCCUCGGCAACGUCGCCGUCAACAGCCUGCUGUCCAUCUUCCUGAGCGGCAUCGCGAGCGGCCUCGUGGGCUUCGCGGUGUCGACGGCGCUCAUCGUCGUCUUCGGCGAGAUCCUGCCCCAGGCCGUCUGCGCGCGCCACGCCCUGCACGUCGGCGAGCUGUCGCUGCCCGUGAUCCGCUUCGUGCUCUGCGCGCUCGCGCCCGUGGCGUACCCGCUCAAGCUCGUCGUCGACGGCCUCCUGGGCGAGACGGCGGGCACGCACCACACGAAGGCGGAGAUGCUCGAGUACAUGCGCGUCCAGCAGGCCGCGGGCAUGCUCGACGACGACGCGAACCUCGUGAUGAAGGGCGCGCUCGACAUGAAGCACAAGGUCGUGAGCCAGGUCAUGACGCCCCUCGAGGACGUCUACAUGCUCUCGGAGGACCGCACGUUGGAUUUUGCCGCCGUGCGCGAGAUCUUCGAGCAGGGCUUCUCGCGCGUGCCCAUCUUCCAGGGCUCGCGGGGGCAGAUCGUCGGGUUGCUCUUCGUGAAGGACCUCAUCUUCGUGGACCCGGAGGAGGCGACGCCCGUCGCCGAGUACCUCCACAUCUUCGACCGGGACAUCCAGUUCGUCGACGACGGGGCGAACCUCGACGACGUGCUCCGGGUCUUCAAGCGGGGGCGGGGCCACCUCGCGUUCGUCCUCGGAGGCGCGGGCGACGCGGGCGAGGUCGGCCGGCCCGUGGGCAUCGUCACGCUCGAGGACAUCGUCGAGGAGAUUUUAGGCGACGAGAUCAUCGACGAGUCCGACGUCUACGUCGACGUGGACAACCGGGUGAGAGUGGCGGGCCGCGGCGACUUCGACUUCACGAAGCUCCGGCGGUUGGAUUCGAAUUUCGUGGACUCGAAGCUCGCGGACGCCGAGGUCGACGCCAUCGCGUCCCACCUCGUGGCCCAGGUCGGCGCCGUCGCCGACGGCUGGACGCCGCCGUCCCAGGAGACGAUGGCGCGCUACGUGCGCCGCGCGAUGGUCGUCGACUACAAGCGCGCGACGCCGCGCCACGCGGACUCGGACGCGCCGCCGGCGGCCGCGGACGUCGUCUACGCGCGGGGCCACGCGGCCAACUUCGCGACGCUCGUGCUCAGCGGCAAGCUCCACAUCCGCGCGGGCCGCGACGGCUUCCGCGCCGAGGCGGGGCCCUGGACGCUCCUCGGGGCCCAGACGCUG